AUGGAUUCCAAAUCGCUUACCAUCGCCACGCCUGACGAACCCUUGAAGCGUGAUGUCCAGAACCCAAUCCUUUUCGAGUGUGCUUGGGAGGUUGCCAACAAAGUUGGAGGCAUAUACACGGUCAUCAAGACCAAGGUCCCCGUGACCAUGCAGACGUACGGUGAUCGUUACACCCUCAUUGGUCCCCUCAUUUAUAAGACGGCUCCUAUGGAGGUUGAAGCGCAAGAGCCCACUGAUCCUGCUCUAGUCGCAACACUUCAGUCCAUGAGAGCACAGGGUGUGAAAUGUCUUUAUGGCCGAUGGCUCAUAGAGGGUGCUCCCCGUGUCCUACUCUUCGAUACGGGCAGCCAAUAUCACCGUCUUGACGAAUGGAAGGCCGAUCUUUGGAAUCUUGCAGGCAUCCCAUCUCCCCCCAAUGAUCACGAGACAAACGAGACCAUCGUGUUUGGUUAUCUCGUAGCAUGGUUUCUCGGUGAGUAUGUUGCACACAAAGCUCAUACAGCUGUAGUCGCCCACUUCCACGAAUGGCAGGCAGGACUUGCCAUCCCCCUCGCCAGAAAACGCCACAUUGAUGUUACCACCGUUUUUACAACACACGCAACCUUGCUCGGCCGCUAUCUCUGCGCUGGAAGCGUCGACUUCUACAAUAACCUUUCCUACUUUGACGUUGACCACGAGGCAGGCAAGCGUGGGAUAUAUCACCGCUACUGCAUCGAACGUGCUGCUGCACACUGCGCGGAUGUCUUCACAACUGUCAGCGGAAUUACUGCAUGGGAGAGUGAGCAUCUUUUGAAGAGAAAACCGGAUGGUGUCCUUCCAAAUGGCUUGAACGUGGUCAAGUUCCAGGCAAUGCAUGAGUUCCAGAAUCUUCACGCGACUUCCAAGGAGAAAAUCAAUGAGUUCAUUCGUGGGCAUUUCUACGGUCACUAUGAUUUCGAUCUUGAAAACACCAUUUAUAUGUUCACAGCUGGUCGGUAUGAGUACCGUAACAAGGGUGUCGAUAUGUUCAUCGAGUCCCUUGCUCGUCUCAAUCACCGCCUACAGCAGAGUCAGAGCAAGAUAACAGUCGUUGCGUUCAUCAUCAUGCCCGCUGCUACCAAUAGUUAUACUGUUGAGGCCCUCAAGGGCCAGGCGGUCAUGAAGCAGCUGCGCGAUACCGUCACCGAAGUACAGGCCCGUGUUGGCGCACGACUGUUCGAACACGCCGCGCGGUUCCACGGUGAGGGUCGCUCAGAGGUCGCGCCAGAGGACCUUUUAAGCACAGAAGACCAAGUCCUAUUGAAACGUCGUAUUUUCGCGCUCAAGCGACACACUCUUCCUCCGAUCGUUACACACAAUAUGGCAGACGACUCGAAUGACCCGAUCCUCAAUCAGCUACGUCGCGUACGUCUUUUCAACACACCGGGGGACCGCGUUAAGGUCAUCUUUCAUCCUGAAUUUCUGAACUCAAAUAACCCAAUACUGGGUCUUGAUUAUGAGGAAUUCGUGCGAGGUUGCCAUCUGGGUGUAUUUCCAAGUUACUACGAACCAUGGGGAUACACCCCCGCGGAGUGCACAGUGAUGGGCAUCCCUAGUGUAACAACAAACCUAUCCGGAUUCGGGUGCUUCAUGGAGGAUUCGAUUCACAAUCCCUCUGAAGAGGGUAUCUACAUCAUCGACAGACGCACCACCUCCAUUGAUGAAAGCGUUAACGCGCUCACGAACUCGAUGUUCGAGUUUGUCAAGAAAACACGGCGCCAGCGGAUCAACCAGCGAAACCGCGUCGAGCGACUCUCGCCACUUCUGGAUUGGAAGAAUAUGGGCCUUGAGUAUGAGAAGGCGCGGAUGCUUGCGCUUCGGAGAGCGUACCCCGAUGCAUUCAUUGGCCUUGACGAGGACAAUGGGGAAGAAGUUGAAUGGGGCUUUGGAGAAUUCCCUGUUUCCGUCCAAGCCAGUCCGAGGCUCAGAAUUUCAGGACUCGCAACACCAGGUGACCUUGGAACACUUACAGAGGAGAUGCAACGCCUGGAAACCAGCGAUUACCGGGGCCAUUGGUCGCGUACAGGGGAAGAUGAAGAGGAUGGCUAUCCCUUCCCACUUGUCAUGAAAGUUCGCUCGCGUGCGUCAUCUGUGAUGUCUGGGGCAAGCACGCCUGGCGGUGGUGCAUUCAAGAGUCUUAGCGAGCACGAUCUUCAAAAGGCGGACGCUGCGCUCAGCCAGGUGAACGGAGUGUCUGCCGCCCCUGCCAUUGCAUAG